UCAACCUUGAAAUGCAACUGGACACUGGAGCGUCAGACAGAGAAGGGGAGACAUUGUCAAGGUCAAUCACUAGCCUGGCAUGCCAUAGCUACAAGCUGCCUGAUUGAUUUAUAUAAAGCCCCCACCCCCCCGCUGCCAUUCUGUCUCAUUGAUUUAGGCUACUCUCUGCCGAAAACUGAAUGACAGAACAGGAUGCAGCAGUGCUGCUUCUUUAUUAUUUAGUUACUUCCACAACUGCCAGGGAAGCAGUCUUUCCUGUCAAAGAUAAAUCAUGGAUUCUGGAUUAGUGAUUUUCCAGUACAUGAUAUUUUCAACUGCACAGGCAUAAUAUGUCACGUUUCCAUAUUAAAAUGUAUGCAAACGACAAGACCUAUGGUUUAUAUUUGUGAACAAAUGCUUCCAAGAGGAAUCUGCUAUUUAAAUCAAGAUAAUGGGCCAUUACCAUUAAUUUGAUCGACUGUCAAUAGAAUUUUUGGCCAAGAGUCACUUUUUAAUUUUUCAUAACAAAGUCAUCAGAACCCUCCUUUUAUUGUGUCCACACUCCAAGAUAUAGAAAGGUUUGUAGUUAUUAGAAAACCAUUUGAGGGGACUUUGUGAGUGAGUAAGUGUAAGGUGCUUGGUCCAAACAUAACUCGAACGAGGCUAAUGCAGCACUGGCAACUGCCAUUUUAAAAACCUGUUAGCCGUGUAAACAACAGACAACACAAAACAAAAAUAACAGCUUUUAAUGGAAAAAGCAAUGGUAUAACUCACAGACAAAUGGACCUGCCGUGAAGUUCAGGCUUUACUGAGCAUAUAUGCCAUACACUUACAGAAUCCUAACCAGCAGAAACUGGCAGCAAUGAUGGCAAUGAUGUUGAAGACAACAACUCCUAACACUUCGCAAUGUCACUCUAACUCUGAAAUUACACCUUGUACGUUUGAAUAGAGUCAAAACAAUCCCCUUCAACAUCGCUGUAACAGGGGAGACACUAGAUGGAGUGCUUGAUGGGCUGUCUUUUGUUUUGUAUUGGUCUGUCAGCUGGACCAGAGCUGGACCCAUUCAUGCUUGUUGGCCCAGAGUAAGAAAAGAAGGAGAAGAUAAAGAGGAAACCCCUCCCUCCCCUUUCCUAACACUCUUUUUCUUUGUUCUGUCAUGUCUCUCUCUUUCUCUCCGUGUCUCCCUCUUUCUGUCUUGUUUGACCCAUAUAGCUAGUUUGCACAGCAGUCUGACUGCAGCCCUGUUUGUCUCUUACCUCCCCCUGUUAAAGCCUUUGGCACUUUGUCUUAGUGCUGGAUUAAUCUGAACUGGACAAGGCACUACCCCUCCCUCAGCAAUACACACCAACACACCCCGUCUCUCUUGAGUAGCUCCACACACUCAUCCCUUGUUCUGUCCCCCCGUGUUUCUUUUUCUUCUCCCUUCUGGCGAAUCUUUUCAUAGAGGUAGGGAGAAAAGAGAGAGAGUGAAAGAGUGCAAUCCAGACACUCCAAGCUCUGCGUGCUCAGACAGGCAGGCCAAUAUUCCCCCAGCAGAUUCCUGGCAUGCCAUAGUAACCUGCUGGAUCCUCUUUCAAACCAUCAGACCCCUUGUAGAAUCACUGGGGUUUAUGUCUAUAUGCAUGUGUGUGUAACAGUUGGUUUAUUUCACUUUACAGCUCUUGGUUAGUGUGCAAGCAUGUGUCUGUGUGUUCACAAUGUGCAUCCAUCAAAAACAAACAAACUGGAAUGCAGCAGCAGUUGGUGUCAGGAGAUAGUUUCUCUAUGACACAAACACACGUGCGUCUCCUAGAUCUCUGGCUUCAGCAAUGUCCUCAGUGUGUAGGGGUCACCAGCAGUGGUUGGCUCGCACAUGACAUGCUUGUCUUUGCAGAGGAGCUGCAGCUAUGUGUCGAAGCAGAAUAGAGGAUGUCCGCAGAUGCGUUCGGAGCCGGGGGCAGCGAUGCCCAGCAAACCCUGCAGUCCUUCUGGCCUCGUGUCAUGGAAGAGAUCAGGAACCUGACAGUGAAGGAUUUCCGCGUGCAGGAGUUACCUCUGGCUCGAAUCAAAAAAAUCAUGAAGCUGGAUGAGGAUGUCAAGAUGAUCAGCGCAGAGGCUCCGGUCCUGUUUGCUAAGGCAGCUCAGAUCUUCAUCACAGAGCUUACCCUCAGAGCAUGGAUCCACACUGAGGACAACAAAAGACGCACGCUACAGAGGAACGACAUUGCAAUGGCAAUAACAAAGUUUGACCAGUUUGACUUCCUGAUCGACAUUGUGCCCCGGGACGACCUGAAGCCGCCAAAACGACAGGAGGAGAUGCGUCAGUCGGUAGCUCCAGCAGAGCCGGUGCAGUACUACUUCACUCUGGCCCAGCAGCCUGGAGCUGUGCAGGUGCAGGGUGCACAGCAGGGCCAGCAACCCGGCGCACAAACAGCCACGACCAUCCAGCCCGGACAGAUCAUCAUCGCUCAGUCACAGCAAGGACAGAUGCUGCAAGGUGCCACCAUGCAGCAGUUACAGCAAGUGCAGGUGCAGUCACAGGGCACACCCAUCACGAGUGCGCCUGUGGCCAUGCAGGUGAGCGAGGGCCAGCAGGUACAGAUCGUCCAAGCUGCCCAGGGUCAAGCUCAGACGGCUCAAGCUCAAGGCCAGACCAUGCAGGUCAUGCAGCAGAUCAUCACCAACACAGGAGAGAUCCAGCAAAUCCCAGUGCAACUAAACACAGGCCAGCUACAGUACAUCCGUCUAGCCCAGCCUGUGUCCGGAGCGCAAGUGGUCCAAGGACAGAUUCAGACUCUCGCCAACACCCAGCAGAUCACACAGGCAGACGUACAGCAAGGACAACAGCAAUUCAACCAGUUUACUGAUGGACAGCAGUUGUAUCAGAUCCAGCAGGUGACGAUGCCAGCGGGACAGGAGCUGACCCAACCCAUGUUCAUUCAGUCCACCAACCAGACAGUUGACGCACAGGUCACGCAGGUCAGCACCGAAUGAGUCCAGCCAGGAACCUUUUCUCCACACACACAACACGCAUACCAGCCCACGUGAAGCCAACAGACGCCACCGACUUCGACAAAGGACGCUUGAUAAACUUGAUGUUAAACUGCUCAUGUAGACGAGGGACCUGAAAUCUUGUAACACUCUUUUUGUAAUAAAUUUAGUGCGCUGGAUUAAAAAAACCAAAGGGACGCUGAUUGACUCUCUCAAAAUUACAUAUUAAGUUCUAUCUAUGCUUAGACACCGUUGACUCUUUUUACAUAUGCAUCCACUGCCACAGGCCCUGACACGUGUCUCUCCACAGACCAACUCUAAUCUUCCUCUCAUGUCCAAACUUCAAACAUAAACAUAAGCGUGUGCACCUUCCUUUUCUGCUCUUUAUUUGAGGAAAAAAUAAUGUCUUAGUGUCUCUGUCUACAUGACCUCCUCCUGGCAUAUCUGUGGCUGAAGGUGGCCGUGGGAUUCUUCACCUCCUGCUUUCCUUCUGGGAAAACACGAAUCAUACUCUCUCUAUUGUUUUCCAUGUAAUUGAUGGAUAAAAUGAAGCCAUAUACCUCAGAUAACACUUUUUACAGCAAGUCAAUCCAAGGGAUCUCAAGAAGAGGUUAUAAGGUUUAAUGGUAAUUUCAUGUAGUUUCUCUUCUGUGUUGUUUUCCACAUUGACAAUGAAGCAUGACUUUCUGUUUUAAGGGCUUCACACUGUAUAGGUUAACUGUGUAUGUGACAUCACUGUCAUCUUUACUCUUCCAUGUUGUUUCUUUCAUUCAUUCUUUCUUCACCCCUCUGUCUUUAGAGCAGAGAAUCUCUUCUCUGCCUCUAUGCAGUCUCACACAGCCCUCCCUUGUUGGUUUUGGAGUCUUGUGCCCUGCUUUAAGUCUCGUGUACAAACACAUGACUCCUUCUGGAGCAAAAAACAAACAAAAAAUAACCUUUUUAUAGAGCUCCUUUUUUCCAAUACAAUUGUUUUCCUUUUGGUUUUGAAUGAUGUUUGACCUCAUAUCUUCCCCCAUCAUUUUUUUGUACAGUAAUGAUUAUUAUCAAUGUUCUUCUUGUUUUUGCAUGUAGUUCAAACUGCCAGCAUGACAUGCAAUAGAUAGGUACAAUUUUAUUUUUGAUGUUCCUUUUUGUAAACAAACUUUGUUUGUGAGAAAAAAUAAAAAAAAUG